GGGUGGCAUGGGUGAUGGUCGCACAGGAAGGACGAUGAGCGGCUGUGAAGCAAAUCACAAUCGCGAAUGGAUCGCUGCUGCUGAGUCCAUCGCGCGCGGCAAAAGCGUUGAUUGGUAGCAGCGUGUAUGCGCUCUUCAACCUUUUUCCUUCUCGCUACUGACCGCUAAUCUGUUUCCCCCCCCCUCCUCUUUACUCUCCCUUCUUCUGCCAUGCUCUACAUCAUUGCCGCCCCUCUUGUCGACAUCUGACGCAUCAUGAAGAGAGCCAAUCCUCCACCUCAUCUGCCCUUUCUGAGGCAAGCCUCUCCCAUCGCCUUUCCACCCUCUACCCCCACCCUUUCUCCCACCCCUUCUCCGCUUCCCGCACCGCUCAUUUCCAUAGCCGACGAGAUGACGCAAAACGAAUCCGCAUUGGGACUCGGCAAUCUGCUCAAACCUUUGGAUGCGAACGCUAGCAAUGGACAUGCGGAAGCUCGCUCCGAGCAGCAGCAGCAGCUCGCUCAGGCUCAGGGUCAGGCUCCUGCUAGCAGCGCACAGGACCCUUUGAGUCUGAUCUUGGCGGGUAUGGGUGAUUUGCAAAAGGAGAUUGCUCGAUUGCAUGUUCGAAUGGACGACAUGGAGCGAAACGGGUCUCCAGCUGCGUCACCUGCCAUGAGGCCUCACGCGCUCGCACGAGCCAUCUCCACGCGCUCCUUUAGGGGAGGAGAGAGCAGAUCUCGACCUUCUUCGCCCGACAAGACGAGCAGCGGGAAUGCGCCAGCGCACGUCAAUGCGCUCGCACGCUCUUCCAACGCUCUAUCCCAACCUGCUCCUCUGCUCGCCACACCGCCCGAUCUGGGAUUGUGGUGCGUCGUGCCGGCCGGUGGAGCAGGCACGCGUCUGUGGCCCUUGUCGCGAGAGAGCUAUCCCAAAUUCUUGCUGGAUUUGGUGGGAAGAGGAAGAACGCUGCUGCAAUCUACAUGGGACAGGUUGUUGCCGUUGGCAGGAGCGGACAGGAUGAUCAUCGUUACAGGAACGGCCCACGUUGGAGGAGUGUCGGAUCAGUUACCGGAACUCUUGCCGGACAAUGUGUUGGCUGAGCCGAGCCCAAAGGAGAGCAUGGCUGCUAUCGGUUUAGCAGCUGCUGUUCUAGCUCGAAGAGAUCCGGAUGCCGUUCUGGGCAGUUUCGCAGCGGAUCACAUCAUCUCUGGCAGAGAUGCGUUUGAGAGCGCGGUGAAGGAAGCAGUGGUCGUUGCGAAUGCUGGAUACCUCGUCACCAUCGGUAUCGCGCCAAGCUACCCUUCUACAGGCUUCGGUUACAUCAAGCUCGGCGAACUGCUGGCUCAAAAGACCAGAUUUGUGGAUCCGCAGACCAGCGAAGGACCUUAUACGGCCGAAGGAUCCAGCAAGUUGGACCCUGCCAAGGCUCCCAAUGCCAGAAGGGUGACGGAAUUUAAGGAGAAGCCGGAUGCCAGAACUGCUAGCGCGUACUUGAGCACUGGAGAUUACAGGUGGAAUGGAGGAAUGUUCGUGGUCAAGGCCAAGAUCCUGCUGGAAUUGUUGAGCAGCAGCAUGCCUGCUCUGCACGCUGGUCUGAUGGAGAUUGCGAAUGCGUGGGAGACGUCUUCGAGGAUGGAAGUGCUUGGCCGAGUGUGGCCCACGUUGGACAAGAUCGCAAUCGAUCACGCUAUUGCUGAACCGGCUGCCAAGGCUGGUAGAGUGGCAGUCGUACCGGCCACCUUUGGUUGGGAUGAUGUGGGAGACUUUUCAUCCUUGGCGGAUCUUUUGCCUGCUGAAAAGGGAGAAGCUAGAGUGCUGGGAGAUCAAAAGUUGGUCAUUACGGAAAAUCAAGCGGGCGGCAUCAUUGUGCCAGCCAGUGGAAGAACGAUUGCUUGCUUGGGAGUGGACGAUGUGGUGGUGGUGGAUUGCGAAGAUGCGCUGCUGAUCACGACGAGGGCGCGUGCUCAAGAUGUAAAGAAGAUUGUAGCUAGGACAAAAAAGAACUUUCCGGCAUUGUGCUGAAGAUGAUACGCGCUCUCUCUCUCUCUCUCUCUCUCUCUCGCGCGUCGAUGUAGCACCCCCCGCGCCGCCGCCUUGG